AUCCCCAAGCGCCUAAACAAUACGCCGCGGGUCAGGGAGGAAGUAGGUUUCCGCGGUGGCGUUUCCAGCCUGGGGACCCGGCGCGGGCCAGUUAAGCACUCUCCGGGGCCGAGGGGCUCGGGAGACCAGCGGGCAGGGGCCGAGAGCCGCCUGAUUGACAGCCCGAAAUCUGAUCUUGUGAAAGAGACGCGGAGCCAAUGGGAGGCAGCGAUCCAUCAGUUUGGAUUGGAGGCCCCUGGAGGAGAAGUAGAGGAAAAACCACCGAAUUGAGCUCUGUCAGAGGCGCUUUCGGCUUCCAAGGGGGAAGUGCCGGGCAAUAAUUAAUGUUUUUAUUAAAUUUGGAGGGAAUUUUUUGCAGCCGUUCGCCCAGCGUGGCCUUCAGUCCCGUUAGGUGCAAAGCAAGUCUCGUUGAACGCCAUUGCUAGUUUUGCACACGUUUGCGAAUCCGAGCUGCCCGGGGUACACCGACCGCGCAGGGAAACCUCGAGAGUGUAAAUAAAUACAUCGCCUCUUGUUCGGAUUUUUGCUACUACCGAAAAUAUGUAAAUUGUGAACUCUUUUGGCUCUCUUUGGAUCCAGGUUGAUAGAAGUCCAGAUCCCGAGGAAAUCUCCAGCUAAAUGCUCAAAAUAUAAAACACUGAGCUGAGAUUUGCGAAGAGCAGCAGCAUGGAUGGAUUUUAUGACCAGCAAGUGCCUUACAUGGUCACCAAUAGUCAGCGUGGGAGAAAUUGUAACGAGAAACCAACAAAUGUCAGGAAAAGAAAAUUCAUUAACAGAGAUCUGGCUCAUGAUUCAGAAGAACUCUUUCAAGAUCUAAGUCAGUUACAGGAAACAUGGCUUGCAGAAGCUCAGGUACCUGACAAUGAUGAGCAGUUUGUGCCAGACUAUCAGGCUGAAAGUUUGGCUUUUCAUGGCUUACCACUGAAAAUCAAGAAAGAACCCCACAGUCCAUGUUCAGAACUCGGCUCUGCCUGCAGUCAAGAACAGCCCUUUAAAUUCAGCUAUGGAGAAAAGUGCCUGUACAAUGUCAGUGCCUAUGAUCAGAAGCCACAAGUGGGAAUGAGGCCCUCCAACCCCCCCACGCCAUCCAGCACUCCAGUGUCUCCACUCCAUCAUGCCUCUCCAAACUCAACUCAUACUCCAAAACCUGACCGGGCCUUCCCAGCUCCCCUCCCUCCAUCACAGCCCAUUCCAGACAGCAGCUACCCCAUGGACCACAGAUUUCGCCGCCAGCUUUCUGAACCCUGCAAUUCCUUUCCUCCUUUGCCGACAAUGCCAAGGGAAGGACGUCCUAUGUACCAACGCCAGAUGUCUGAGCCAAACAUUCCCUUUCCACCACAAGGUUUUAAGCAGGAGUACCACGACCCAGUGUAUGAGCACAGCACCAUGGUUGGCGGUGCCGUCAGCCAAAGCUUUCCCCCUCCUCUGAUGAUUAAACAGGAACCCAGAGAUUUUGCAUAUGACUCAGAAGUGCCUAGCUGCCACUCCAUUUAUAUGAGGCAAGAAGGCUUCCUGGCUCAUCCCAGCAGAACAGAAGGCUGUAUGUUUGAAAAAGGCCCCAGGCAGUUUUAUGAUGACACCUGUGUUGUCCCAGAAAAAUUCGAUGGGGACAUCAAACAAGAGCCCGGGAUGUAUCGGGAAGGACCAACAUAUCAGCGGCGGGGAUCGCUUCAGCUCUGGCAGUUUUUGGUGGCUCUUCUUGAUGAUCCUUCAAAUUCUCAUUUCAUUGCCUGGACUGGUCGAGGAAUGGAAUUUAAACUGAUUGAGCCUGAAGAGGUGGCCCGGCGUUGGGGCAUUCAGAAAAACAGGCCAGCUAUGAACUAUGAUAAACUUAGCCGUUCACUCCGCUAUUACUAUGAGAAGGGAAUUAUGCAAAAGGUGGCUGGAGAGAGAUACGUCUACAAAUUUGUGUGUGAUCCAGAAGCCCUUUUCUCCAUGGCCUUUCCAGAUAAUCAGCGCCCGCUGCUGAAGACAGACAUGGAACGUCACAUCAACGAAGAGGACACAGUGCCUCUGUCUCACUUUGAUGAGAGCAUGGCCUACAUGCCAGAAGGGGGCUGCUGCAACCCCCAUGCCUACAACGAAGGCUAUGUGUACUAACACAAAGUGACAGUCGAGCAGGGCGUACUCAUGCUUUUUCCUUUUCCUGCAAGAUACAGAGAAUUGCUGAAUUCUCUCCAAUCCUUGUUUUAUUUUUGUUGUUCGUAUUUUAUUUUUAAAAUAAUAAUACACAAAAAGGGGGUUUUCCUGUUGCAUUAUUCUAUGGUCUGCCAUGGACUGCGCACUUUAUUUGAGGGUGGGUGGGAGUGAGCUAAACAUUUAUUCUGUGUAACAGGAAGAUAGUGGGUGAAUGGGCAGAGGGAUUUGGGGAUUACUUUUUACUUAGGCUUGGGAUGGGGUCCUACAGGUUUUAAGUAUGAUGAAGCUAUAUCAUGUCUAUUUGAUUUCAUAACAACAUAAGAUAAUGUUUAUUUUCUCUGGGUGUUUAUGGUACAGUUAAUUUCACCUUGUGUAAAUAUUCACUUGGAGACUAUUUGCCUGGGGCAUUUUCCCCCAUCAUUUCUGAGUCUCUGCAGGUGUACAAAAAAAAUUCCCAAUCUACUGUAAAUGACAGUUUAAUUGUUAGAAAUGACUGUUUUUGCACCUCUUGUAAAAAGGUAUUUAGCGAUUGCAUUGCCGGUUUUUUUUUUUGUUUUGUUUUGCUUUAUAUAUGACUCGCAGAGGAUAACCAUAAAAUGGACAAUUCUCUCUGAAGCUGAAGAGUCACCAUGACUGGAAAUGAGGGGCACAAUUUUGGACUCUGGCUCCAAACUGAGUCACAGGCCAGUAGCAUUACACGUAUCUGGUGCCACCUUGCUGUUUAGAUACAAAUCAUACUGUCUUUCAAAUAUAUUGAAGCCCAUUUCAGUUAAACAAUGACAUGUCAUGGUCCUUUGGAAUCUUCACUUAAAUGUUAAAUCUGGAAUCACGAUGAAGCAAAAAAUAUCUGUCUCCUUUCACUUCCUUCAGUACAUAAAUACAUUAUUUAAUCAAUAAGAAUUAACUGUACUAAAUCACGUAUUAUGCUGUUCUAGUUACAGCGAGCACUCUUUAAGAAAAAUAUCCAAUACACUAAAUAGGUACUAUAGUAAUUUUUAGACAUGGUACCCAUUGAUAUGCAUUUAAACCUUUUACUGCUGUGUUAUGUUGAUAACAUAUAAAUAUUAGAUAAUGCUAAUGCUUCUGCUGCUGUCUUUUCUGUAAUAUUCUCUUUCAUGCUGAAUUUACUAUGACCAUUUAUAAGCAAUGCAGUUAACUACAGAUAGCAUUUCAGGACAAAAUAGAUGACUCGAACCAUUUAUUGCUUAAAAAUUAGCUUACGCCAUGCUAUGCUAUACACAGCUUUUAUGCACAUUGACAAAUGAAGAGUAAGCUUCAGCUUGCUAAGGAAAAAUGUGGAAACUUUUGUAACUUUGGGGGAAAUGGAAAAAUUAUUUACAAACUAGUAAAGAAUAUGUGGAAGUUGCUGUAUGACAUAGUGCUGGCACUGACAUUAUCCAUCAUCUCAUUUUGGAAACUCCUGUAAAUGUGAUUGGGUUGUUUGAAAGAUUUAAAGAUUUAAACUUUCAAAGUAUUUUGUUUUGUCUUUGUUUUGCAUUUGAAGAAAAUAUUGAAAGCAGGAUAUGUUGUUCCAUUCAUCUGGGGGAAAAAAAUGAGUAAAUGGUGUUCUAAUAUCCCAGCUUGCUUAAACACUCAAGCAAAGAACAUGAAUUUUAUUCAGUCUAUCAAUAUCCCUAGAGGAACAAUUUUUUUAAGGUCUUCAGGAAAAUUGUAAAACAAUAAAUUCUAAAUGUAAAACCAAAA